UGGAACUAUAGCUAACUUUUCUGAAAGUUGCAGGAGUCAAGAAAGUAGUCUAAAACUUAAACGAUCUUGUUCUAAAAGCAAAUGUUUAUAUGCUUAACGUAAUCUUAAACGUAAACAACACAGAGAUGUAUCGUUGAAUAGCAAAUUAACCGGAAACAUGUGGAAUUUGAUUUAAUUUCGACUAGCUAGCUAGUUAGCUGUUAGUUAUCUAGCUGGCGGGGACAGAAAUGUAUCCAUAGAAUACAUAUCACUUAGCAGGAUAGGGAUUAGGAGCUAACAAACUUUGUUGCUAGCUAUUUACCAAGGUGAAUCUACUGUGUUGUCAGUGUAAUCAGCCUUUUUUAAAACAAAGUUUUACCUAAUAUAUUUUUAUUUCCCUUUUACAAUCUGCCUCUUGGAUCUAAUAAACAUGACGCCUGACCUCCUUAACUUCAAGAAGGGGUGGAUGUCAAAACUGGAUGAGAGAGGAGAGUGGAAGAAGCAUUGGUUUGUGCUGACAGAUGCUGGUCUGAGGUACUACAGAGACUCAGGGGCAGAGGAGAAAGAUGACUUGGAUGGGGAAAUCGACCUCAAGUCCUGUGUUAAAGUGUUUGAGUUCGAUGUGGAGAAGAACUACGGCUUCCAGAUACAGACUCGGGAGGCGGUGUUCACGCUCUCCGCCAUGACCGCCGGCAUCAGGCGCAACUGGAUCGAGGUUCUGAGGAAGAGCGUUCAGCCUAGCAGCUCCCCCGACAUCACGCAACUGCCAGACAGCAGCAGUGAUAAGGAGAACUCGAACUCCCUGUCCCGUCCGCUCCCAUCCCGUCGCCCCUCGGCCCGGCAACCCAACAGCGAUCCCAGGUCAGAGGUCACGACCUCUGCCGCCGCCACCACACGUCGAUUCGACUACGUAGAACUGGCUCCCAUGCCAACGCCCGGUCACCCGCCGGCCGCCAAUCAGAGAGAGGCAGCGGAGUGGCAGGGCAAAGAGCAAGCCCAGCAGCCUGAGGAGAGGGGCAGGUGGUCGCAGCCCGGAGGCACUGCCAGGGAAACGGGCAGCAGCCAAUGGGAAGCCUUGCUGUCGAGGAAGGAGGCGGGCCCUACUUCUGAGCAGAGGCUGAAAAUCGAGGAGGAGAUUGAGAAGAAGUGGCAGGAGUUCGAGAGGCUGCCCUUGAAGGAGAUGAGAUCAUUGCCCCUGUUGGGCUCCCGUGCCGCCCAACAAGCCAAUGAGGCGCUGCAGAGGGAGGUAGUGGCGUCUCUGAGGCAGCAGCUGGAGCGGGUGAGGAGCGGGGGAGGGGGGAGGGGAGGGGGGGACGGCUGUGGACCUGAGGCCCCCUGCGGCCGCAGCCUGGCAGCCAUGGAGCGGGCCCACAGGCAGGCCCUGGAGGAGAUGCAGAGGCAGCACGAGCGCGAGAUGAGGGAGCUGGAGAGGGACAGAGACAGGCUGCUGCAGGAGGAGACCCGGGCCACGGCACAAGCGAUGGAGGUGCUGAAGAAGGCCCACAGGGAGGAGCUGGAGCGAGAGGUGGGGAGAGUCAGGAGGCUGUAUGGAGAAGGUGCUGACCCUCAGGCCCUGCAGACGCAACAACAGUCAGAGACUCGGGCCCUGCAGCGGGAGCUGGACAGCCUGUCGGAGAGGUACUCCCAAAAGUGCCUGGAGCUGAACAGGGCAGAGCAGAGUAGCGGAGAGAGGGAGAGAGAGAUCAGCCGCAGGGAGAGGGAGAUGGAGCAGCUGAGGAAGGAGAACCAGGAGCUGCAGUCCCGUCUAAUGGAGGAGAUCAGCCAUAUGCGCAAUGUCAUCGCAGGUCAAGGGUCAGAGGGCGUCUCCCUUGACGACCGUGAGCGAAACUCCUGUGAGCUGGAGGUGCUGUUGCGAGUGAAAGAGAAUGAGGUGCAGUACCUACACAAGGAGAUAACUUGCCUGAGGGAUGAGCUGCAUUCUCUCAACACGGAGAAGCAGGCAGCCUGCGAGCGCUACAACGAGGUAUACGCAGAGCUGAGCGGGAUGAAGAGCCGCAGUGAAAAAGAGAUCGAGGCCCUGAGGGAGCACCUGAAACUGGCCAUGGCUGCCCUGCAGGAGGGACAGCAGCUGGGGAAUAGCCUGGACCACUGAGACAGAGAGAGUACUAGUGACUUUCUGGAGAUGGGCCUUCAGGAACAGAGAAGCCCUCCAUGCAUUGGAAGAUGCAGAUAGUGCCUUCGCCUUUCAAUCAAUCAGCCAAUGAGCAGUGAACACUGGCUUCAGCUGAUCAGUUGUAUACACUGGGUCACCCAAAUAUGAAUCUGCACUUUUUUAUCUUUGGGUUUUUUAUUGUGUGUGGGGAAAGUAAGUGUCCAACAGACUGGAAUAUUUCAUAGAAUCAUCUCUUCCGUGGAUGAUGUGUCUAGACAAGGCGCUAUUGAAUUGUGUUAUUUUUACUUUGCUUGCCUCGGUGAAGCCAUUUGCUUUUUCCUAUACCCGACACAUAUUGAAAGGUGUACCAUUUCUGGAACAAACCAUCAUAACUAAGGACUUAAAGUCUGCAGUUCAUUGGGAGUCAUGUUAGGUUAUAUGUUAGGAGUUUGGUUGGGAGAUGAGCAGGAAUAUUUGGUAGAUUGUCACCCAAUCCUAGAUACAUGAUCUUGAGUUUUUACUUUUUAGAUUUUCUUAUUUUAACUUUUGAAAACCGUUGUUGCUCUAUCAGCUUCAUGCACAACAUCUAUAGAGAAAUAAAACCUGUGGGAGUGUGUCUCGUUACUGUUUACUUUUUUGGCACAGACACAAGAUAGACAUCUUCUACAGUUAUAUUUAUACAGACUCUUGGGAGAUGCCAGGGAGUGUGAUUAUCUAGAGAACCCAUAAACACAUAAACAACCAGGAAAACACACAACUCAAAUGCCUGUACUCCAUCUGUAUCUCUGUCCCUGGGGGACCACACAGCUUCUAGCUGUUUUCAGUUAAGGUUAGUUUGUGUUUUUGAAUUAAUCGCAUGUUCACUUGCAGAGCCCUGAUUUCAAAGUGAAAUCAAGGGGAUGGAGGAGGAAUAUUUAAAGUGUUUAUCAGAUGACCUGGACAUGUUGUAGGCGCGAGUAUGUGUGUGCCACAGUGACCUAGUGUUUCUUAAAUGAGCCAAUGUUUUUUUUUAUGUAUUUUGUGAGGAGCUGUGAGGAGAUAAUCAACUGGAUAUG